CUACUACACUUACCUCGUGACCUAAAAUAAUAGCAUUUGAAAUGAUGGCAACAGGAGACCUAAAAGGAAGUUUAAGAAAAAUAGAGCAAGGACUUCGCUUGUUAAAUUAUCCAAGAGAUGUGGAUUAUACAGGGUUAAUAAAGGGUGAUCCAGCUGUAUUUUUACCCAUCAUCAGCUAUUCUUUUACAUCUUUCUCAACGUACAUAGCAGAACUUUUGGUGAAAUGUGAUGUAGAACUCGCAGCAAAGAGUGACUUGCGUUUUAUUGAAGCUAUUUAUAAGCUUCUUCGGGAUCUAUUUCAGUAUAAACCAAUCUUAACAAAACAGCAGUUUCUUCAGUUUGGCUUUGCAGAACGAAAAAUGCAGAUUGUUUGCGACAUAAUCAACUUUGUGAUGAAAAAGCAUAAGGAAUUAAGUAACUUGAAUAAGGCCAAAUCCCAACCAAGAAGAAAACCUGGAUCUUUAAAAUAUGAACUAUGGUCAAAUUGUCAUAAAGUUCACGCUGAACCUAAUGACAAUGCUAUGAAUCUGAAACAGGUAUGUCUUUUUCCUCAAGUUGAACGACAUCCAGGAAGUGAAGAUGGUGACAACCUUCAUCCACCAGUCCUUCCAGCAGAGAGAGACCCUGAAGAAGAAUUAUACUUAAAUGAUGAUGUUCUGGAAGUCACAUGUGAACAAGUCUUAGAAGAUAAUUCUCAGAUUGAGUUCCUUAAAUGCCAGCUUACUGAUUGCCAGGAAAAGCUUCAUAAACUAGAUUGGAUAGAAGAGAAACUAUCUGUUUUAGAAGACAGACUGAAAGGAAAGGUGAUCAUAGAUGAGAAGGACUGGAAUAAUUUGUUGAGUCGAGUUUUGCUCCUUGAAACCGAGCUAUUGCUGCAGUCGAAAAAGAGUGACGUAACAGGGUUCAACGAUGUAAAUCAAGAAUGUUCAUCCAGUAGGAUUCCAAUCUCUCCUGAUACAGAGAGGAAGGAGGAGAUGCCAGAGAGUCUUCAUCAGUUGUCUGGAUACAGUUCGCUAUUAUCCACAGUCCCGUCUCCAAAAGCCAUCACCAUUAAUUGUCAUGAUCUGACAGAUGUUUCAAAGGAAACCACAAGACAAAGAAUGGAAAGGAUAAGUAAAAUGAUUGAAGAGACCUCAGAAUUGUUGAAAAACUCAAGCAGCACCUCUGAGAAGACCUGA